AUGAUCAUUCCAGUGUGGCUUUCUGUUCAGGAGAACCCCUCGCACGAGAUAUUGACAUAUGCUCUCUUAGACACACAAAGUGACACUACCUUUGUGCUAGACGAAACAGCUGCUGCCUUGCAUGUGAAUAGACAACCAACACGUCUCAGCUUGUCUACCAUGACCUCACAGCACACUAUCAUUAACAGUUUCCGUAUACAGAACCUGAGAGUGAGAGGGAUACAAUUGUCCUCAAGCUCUUGUACCAAGAAGAAUUCUAACAGGAAACGAGAACCAGCCAUAUGGCAUCCAGACACUUCUUGGUUGGAGCGUGGUUGGAUACACAGACCGCACAUACAGCAGCAUGAGGAUAAGCAUUUGGAAAUGCCUCUACCAUUCAAGGAGCGACCCUCCCUGCCUAACAACAAGUCACUUGCAUUGAUUCGCUUAGAUCAUCUGAAACGAAAACUUAAAAGAGACCAGACAUAUCAAGAACAUUACAAGACUUUCAUGAGAGAAGUACUGGAAAGAGGCGACGCCGAACCAGUAUCGUCAGAUGGUGUCAGUGGAAAUACAUGGUAUAUCCCACAUCAUGGUGUUUAUCACCCGAAAAAGCCUGGAAAGCUUAGAGUAGUUUUUGACUGUUCAGCAAGAUUCAAAGAGGCUUCAUUAAAUGAAUAUCUACUGACUGGUCCGGAUUUAACAAAUGUUUUGACUGGGGUUCUAUGCAGAUUCAGACAACACCCUGUGGCUGUCAUGUGUGAUGUGGAGAAGAUGUUCCACCAGUUUGUUGUACAUGAAGCAGACCGAGACUUCUUACGAUUCCUAUGGUGGGAGGAUGGAAACUUGGAUGCAGAACCCAAGGAAUAUAGUAUGAGAGUACACCUGUUUGGCGCGGCUUCCUCCCCAGGAUGUGCUAAUUAUGGACUCAAUGUUGAGACGGAAGAAGAAGCUAUCAAGUUGAUACAAGAUGCACAGAUUCUGUGUGCCAAUGGUGGAUUGCGUCUACACAAAUUUAUUUCCAACAACAAGAACGUAAUAAAUUCUGUUGCUGAAUCAGAGAGAGCGGCAGAUGUUAAAGACUUAGACCUUUCACAUGAACAAUUACCUAUGGAACAAGCACUUGGUAUAAAGUGGAACAUUGAAGAGGAUGCAUUUUGCUUCAAAGCCAUCGACCAGAAUGCAUCUCCUACUAGGCGCAGUAUGCUAUCCAUUGUAGCAUCAAUAUUCGACCCAUUGGGAUUUCUCUCCCCUUUCACUCUGACUGGGAAACGAAUACUGCAGGAGAUGUGUCAAGGAUGGGAUGACCCUCUACCCGCAGACAGACUACAUGAAUGGGAAGCUUGGAUCAAGGAUCUACAGAACCUUGAACUCAUCAAAGUCCCAAGAUGCCUCAUACCAAGUGAUUUUGGCAAACCGAUAACCUUUGAGCUGCAUCAUUUCUCGGACGCAAGCACAAAUGGCUAUGGACAGUGUUCUUACCUUAGAGUUGUAAAGGGAACGAAGGUACAUUGUGCUUUAGUUAUCGCAAAGGCAAGAGUAGCACCUCUAAAGGUUGUAACGAUACCUCGCUUGGAAUUGACAGCUGCAGUAUUGUCAGUGAAGGUCAGUUUAUUUCUGAAGAGGGAGCUGAAUCUACCUAUCAACAGAGAGUACUUUUGGACAGACUCUAAAGUGGUGCUUGGCUACAUCAACAACGAGGCUCGCAGGUUCCACGUAUUUGUUGCAAACCGUGUACAGAUGAUAAGAGAGGCAACAAGACCUCAUCAGUGGCUAUACAUUGAAUCUGCCAGCAACCCAGCCGAUCACGCCUCGCGUGGACUACGUGCAUCUGAAGUUAAUGAUUCUUCAUGGCUGACCGGUCCUCCAUUACUAUGGCAGCCCAUCAUUGAAAACAAAGGUGUUGAAACAGAGUUGCAACUUGGAGACCCUGAAGUAAGAUCUGCAAGAUCUCUAUGUACCAAAACAAAGGCUCAUUCUAGUAUCCUUGACAUUCUGUCUCGAUUCUCGUCUUGGACCAAAAUGAUAUCCUUCAUUGCCAGAAUGCAGAGACUUUCUAAUGGUGUCAAGGGAACCUAUCCACCAAAUCCGAAUGAAAGACUUCAAGCAGAACAAACUAUCAUCAAACACGUUCAACAUGAAACAUUUCAAGAUGCUAUCAGCGCUCUCGAGAAAUCUGAAGGGCUACCAAAGUCUAACUCCCUUAAACCCCUAGAACCAAUUCUACAAGAUGGGAUACUUCGAGUCGGAGGCCGACUGAGGAAGGCAACCCUGUCUGAUGCUUACAAGAACCCAAUAAUCUUACCCAGAAAUGGUCAUAUCACGCACUUGAUUCUUUUACAUGCUCACAAGGAAACCUUUCAUCAAGGAAGAGGAAUUACCCUGAACAAGCUCCGGUCUCUUGGUUAUUGGAUUGUAGGAGGAAGUAAGACAGUAGCCAGCUACAUACGUCAGUGCGUUAUAUGCAGGAAGUUGAGACGACCGACAGAGACACAGAGAAUGGCAGACUUGCCCAAGGAGCGUAUGGAACCAUCUCCGCCUUUCACAUACUGCGGUAUGGACUGUUUCGGCCCAUUUAUUGUGAAACAGGGACGGAAGGAAAUAAAACGAUAUGGGUUACUAUUUACCUGCAUGUGCUCUCGUGCUAUCCACAUUGAGAUGUUAGAUGACAUGUCUACGGAUGCGUUCAUUAAUGGUUUGCGCUGCUUCAUCGCAAUUAGAGGAGCCGUGCGACAGUUGCGCUCGGACCAAGGAACCAACUUCAUUGGAGCUAAGAAUGAGUUCCAGAAAGCACUUAACAAGGAAAGAAUAUGUUCAUUCUUGGCAGAGAAACACUGUGAAUUUGUGUUUAACGCGCCCAGUGCUAGUCAUACAGGAGGUGUGUGGGAACGUCAAAUAAGAACCGUCCGUAACAUACUCAACGCCAUACUAUUACUUUGUCCUGGAAGGCUAGAUGAUUCCUCGCUGAGAACCGUAUUCUACGAAGCGAUGUCUAUUGUAAACGGACGCCCACUAACGGUUAGUGAGAUAGACAACCCAGACUCACUGGAGCCGCUUACUCCGAACCACAUCUUAACUGGGAAGACCACUUCUCCCCUUCCCCCUCCUGGAGAGUUCAUGAAGGAAGACAUAUAUGCCUGUAAACGUUGGAGACGUGUACAGUACCUUAUGGAACAAUUUUGGUCCCGUUGGAGACAUGAGUACUUGGCUCAGAUCACCUUACGACAGAAGUGGCAUGGAGUUCGUCGGAACAUCAAGGAAGGUGACAUUGUUCUGGUGAAGGACGUUGACCUGCCACGCAACCAAUGGCCUCUCGGUAGAGUUGUCGAAGCCAACCCAGACGAUGAUGGUCUUGUACGGAGAGUCAAGGUGAAAAUGCAGUCUGGAGUCUUGGAGAGAACAGUUCACAAGCUUGUGCUACUCAUUGCAAAUUAA